GAAGCGUGCGCUGAGGCUUAAGCCCGCUGUUAUGAAACGCGGCCGCAGCGCCUCUGAAUGAAAGCCUCCUUCAUUCCGCGCUGGCGGGGACCAAUAACCUCUCUUCAUUCUGCGGUCCCCGUUUGACGCGUCAGCCGGGCGCGCCCACUGCACAUCUCCAACUCCUCCGGACCCAGCGACGGGGUUUAGCUUGGAUGGAGUCACGGAAAGACAACACAUGCUGCGGAGAAGGCUUUCGCAGCCGAGUGGGAAGUCGCGGACAGGGCCCAGCAAAGCGGAGGCUAAAAGGCUAAGUUAGCAGGCACUUUCAUCCGGGAGCUGACGCUGUUUUCAUCCACAUACCAGUAAAAGGGAGCGCUGGCACUUUUUGGGGUUAGUCAGGACACACCCAGUCCUAACUUCAACACAGGAACUGAAUGAACUGAAAGAGGGACAAGAACCUUUUGGAGGACAGCCCAGCAUAAUCACAAAGAGAGUGAGCAAUGGGUGAUUCCGGCGAGGACUAUGGAAACUACACCUAUGAAUACUACCUGGAGUACGGCGACUUGGAGGAGCUAAAAGUAGAACACAAGCAGAGGGAAACUAUGCACAUUAUCUCCGUGGUCAUCUACAUUAUUUCCUUUGUGCUCGGUCUGAUUGGAAAUGGAACUGUGAUUUGGGUGACAGUGUUUAAAAGCAAAAAGACUGUUAACAGUAUCUGGUUGCUCAAUCUAGCCAUUGCAGACUUUGUGUUUGUGCUUUUCCUACCCUUCUACAUUGAUUACAUACUGCGGGACUUCCACUGGGACUUUGGUCUGGCCAUGUGUAAGAUUAACUCAUUUGUGUCUGUGAUGAACAUGUAUGCCAGCGUGCUCUUUCUCACAGUACUCAGCAUAGACAGAUAUGUUUCUCUGGUCCACCUCAACUGGUCUCAGAGGUAUCGCACUGUAGAGAGAGCCUGGGUUGUCUGUGGUUGCAUAUGGGUGCUAGCUGCCGCCAUGAGUUGUCCAGCACUGAUUUUUCGUGACACCAUGCGCUUGCACGACAAGGUGGUGUGCUUCAACAACUUCCAUGCACAGGACGGACACACAGCAGCCAUGAGACACAUUAUAAUAGUGGCCAUUCGUACCACAGUGGGAUUCCUUUUGCCUUUUACUGCUAUAUGUGUGACAGGCAUACUUCUAACAAUCAAAGUGAACCAAUCUGGGGGCUUGGUUCGUCUGUCCAGCUUCUCAAAAACAGUGUCUGCAGUAAUUCUGGCCUUCUUUUUAUGCUGGGCACCUUUUCAUACUUUUAGCUUGAUGGAGUUAUCCAUACAUUCCUCAUUAUACCUACACAGCAUACUGAAAGCUGGCUUUCCUCUCGCCACCAGUUUAGGCUUUUUUAACAGCUGCAUUAACCCCCUGCUGUAUAUGCUUCUGGGCAAAAAGGUGCGUCAUAUCCUAAAGCGGGCAUGCUUUGACUUAACUAAGAGUUCACUGAGGGAGCUCAGCCAGUCAAUCUCUGCCACUGAGAUGGAGUCUGUGCCAGCCGUUCACCAGGACAGUGUCCCAGAGGAGCCUGUGGAGUCAUCAACUCUAUGAUUACAACCACCCUCAGACUGUAGUAGUUGUCCAUGAAAUGCAUGAGGUCAAGACUGGCUAUUACUUAACCUUAAAUGUGGGGGAUUAUCAUAGCUGUUUUUUCCAGCUGGAGUGUUAAGAUUUUCCUAUUUUGUUUCACUUGGACAGUUAUUUGUAACUAUUCUCAAUGGAAAAGCUGAGCACAACUGUGUAUAAUGUGCACAUUAUGUUAGCAUCGUUCCUUUUAUUUUUCAGUUGCAUGACCCAAGUGAUUUGCAGACAAGGGGGCAAGAUAAAAUUAAAGAGGCUGAAAUGACUAAUGAGCUAAUGAUAAUUUAAAUGACUUUGAUAAGCAAUUAAUCCUUUAAUUUGUUAAUAAAAAUCAGAAGCAUUCUCUGGUUCCGGCUUCUCAACUGUGAGAAUUUCCUUUUUUUUAUUUCUUUUUUCCUUCCAUGAUAGUGACCUGAAUUACUUUGUGUUUUGGACUGCUGCUCUCAUGUUGUGAGGGACAUUUUUCACUAUUUUGCCACAUUUUAUAGACUAGGAAAAACAUUCACAGAUGAAUUGUCACUUAUAUCAAAUGCAUCUUAUGUAUUUGCUGAUUUUUGUUAUUGUAGUACGCUCGAAGCAGGACAUCUUUGGUUCCUAAAGAUAAGAUAUGCUGCAUAUAUCUAUUUGUACUCUAACAUUUAUGUUUUUAUACUGUUUUAUAUUGGCUGCUAGCCACCUAUUAAUGUAUUUUAAACUAGUUGAAAGUUUUAUAAAUGUUUUAUUCUAAUAUAUUCCAUGUAAAUAGCAUUUAUCUUAAUAAAAUGUCUUCUUUGUUUGAA